AUGCUUUCGUUAACGGUGAUUUCACCCCAAGUGGCGCACUUUCAAUGGCCUUCCUUUUUCACUAUUCAAAGUCCAUCAUUUCAUUAUUCGAAUUCCAAAAACGAGUCCAGACCAAGAAUCACCAAAAACCCACCCCAAUUUUCUUGUUUUUCUUCCAAAGAUUCAUGUUUUCUACCCGAAUUCGAUGAUUUAACCAGUAUUUCAACUUACCAUGAAGACCCAGAUGCUGGUUUUAGGGAUAGAACCCCACCGUCGGUUAGUCGAAAUGUCGGUUCUGAUGAGCUGGCAGCUUUGCUUCAAUCUUGUAGCAAUGGCAGACAAGUUAGGAGAGUCCAUGCGGUUGUUUUGAAGCGUUUAGGGAACCCAGUGACCUAUGUUGAGAAUAAUUUGAUAAGUUCGUAUUUAAAAUUUGGGAAGCUAGUGGAAGCUCGAAAGGUGUUUGAUAAUAUGGCUGAAAGAAAUGUCGUCAGUUGGACAGCAAUGAUUAAUGGGUACUCCAAAUUGGGUUUUGAUGAUGAAGCUUUGAGGUUGUUUUGGGAUUCGAUAUCAUGUGGGGUUCAAGGGAACAGGAAGAUGCUUGUUUGUUUGAUGAAUUUGUGUAGUAGGCGGGCGGAUUUCGAGUUAGGCAGACAAAUUCAUGGGUGUAUCCUGAAAGCGAAUUGUAGGAACUUGAUUGUGGAUAGUGCUGUUACUUAUUUUUAUGCACAAUGUGGGGAGUUGUCAAGGGCUUUUCAAGUGUUUCAUGGGAUGGCAGAAAAGGAUGUGGUUUGUUGGACAGCUAUGAUAACUGCUUGCUCCCAACAAGGAUAUGCGGAGGAGGCUUUCUCGUUGUUUUCGAGAAUGCUAAGUGAUGGUUUUUGGCCUAAUGAGUUCACCGUUUGCAGUGUUUUGAAGGCUUGUGGAGAGCAAAAGGCAUUGAGACCAGGGAGACAAUUACAUGGUGCCAUAAUAAAAAAGAUGUUCAAAAAUGAUGUUUUCUUAGGGUCUUCUCUUGUGGACAUGUAUGCAAAAUGCGGGGAGGUAGUAGAUGCUAGGAUUGUGUUUAACGGGAUGAGUAGUAGAAAUACGGUUACCUGGACUUCUAUUAUAGCAGGGUAUGCUAGGAAGGGUCUUGGUGAGGAUGCCAUUAGUCUUUUUCGAGUAAUGAAGAGACGAAAUAUAAUUGCUAAUAACUUGACCAUCGUAAGCAUACUUAGGGCUUGUGGUUCAGUUGUGGAUUUACUUAUGGGCAAGGAAGUCCACGCACAAAUAGUAAAAAAAUCUAUCCAAAGGAAUAUGUACAUAGGAAGCAGUCUAGUAUGGUUCUAUUGUAAAUGUGGGGAGUACGAUGUUGCCUCCAAAGUCCUUCAACAGAUGCCGCUGAGGGAUGUUGUCUCGUGGACUGCCAUGAUUUCUGGCUGUGCAAGCGUAGGGCAUGAGGCUGAGGCUCUUGAUUUUUUGAAAGAAAUGAUGGAGGAGGGUGUAGAACCUAACUCUUUUACCUAUUCUUCAGCUUUGAAAGCAUGUGCUAAGCUUGGAGCUGUUACAAAAGGGAAGUUAAUUCACUCCUUCGCAAAUAAAACUCCUGCCUUUUCUAAUGUCUUUGUGGGCAGUGCAUUGAUCCAUAUGUAUGCGAAAUGCGGUUUUGUAGCGGAGGCUUCUCGUGUUUUUGACAGCAUGCCAGAAAGGAAUUUGGUUUCGUGGAAGGCCAUGAUCAUGGGUUAUGCAAGAAACGGGCUAUGUCGAGAAGCUUUGCAACUCAUGUAUCGGAUGGAAGCAGAAGGUUUUGAGGUGGAUGAUUACAUCCUCGCUACGGUUCUUAGUGCAUGCGGAGAUAUUGAAUUGGAUGAAGGUCCUUCAUCGGAAAUAUUAGUGGUGACCUAAUUGUCUUAGGCAUGGAGUUGCAAUUGUCAAAAUUAUUUCUUUUCACUGCAGCGUGUAUGUAUCAUAUAUGCGAUGGACAAGGAAAAAAUAACAGUUAAAACAAAAAUCGCUAUGCUGUUAUGCAGUUACGCCAUUGCCUGCCCCUAUUGUAUUAAGAAAGGCAUGCCGGUGCUGUUUCCUUCCGAGCUUCAAAAAAUUUCACAAGCUUUUCUAUCAUGCUGUGCUGAGCACUGAAUAUCACUCCGGCAACAGGUACAUAUAGGUAGUUAUGUUCUUUGUAAACACCAUGUAAAUCUAGUUCAUACUCACAAACUUUAAAAAAAAGAAAAAGAAAGAUGAUGUCUUACUUAUCCUUAUUUUCUGUGCUGCUCUUAUUUGUCAUGUUAAAUAACUUUUCCCCUGGGCGAA